UCGUCCGUUCUCGCCGCGGGCAGCGGGCAGCGGGCGGCGGAGGCAGCGCGCCGCGGUCGCCGGGAGCUGGGAGCCCCGGGCGCCCGCUCCUCGGCGCAGCAUGUUCCAGCCGGCGCCCAAGCGCUGCUUCACCAUCGAGUCGCUGGUGGCCAAGGACAGUCCCCUGCCCGCCUCGCGCUCUGAGGACCCCAUCCGUCCCGCGGCGCUCAGCUACGCCAACUCCAGCCCCAUAAACCCGUUCCUCAACGGCUUCCACUCGGCCGCCGCCGCCGCCGCCGGCAGGGGCGUCUACUCCAACCCGGACUUGGUGUUCGCCGAGGCGGUCUCGCACCCGCCCAACCCGGCCGUGCCCGUGCACCCGGUGCCGCCGCCGCACGCCCUGGCCGCCCACCCCCUGCCCUCCUCGCACUCGCCACACCCCCUCUUCGCCUCGCAGCAGCGGGACCCGUCCACCUUCUACCCCUGGCUCAUCCAUCGCUACCGAUAUCUGGGCCACCGCUUCCAAGGGAACGACACAAGUCCGGAGAGCUUCCUUUUGCACAACGCGCUGGCCCGCAAGCCGAAGCGGAUCCGAACCGCCUUUUCCCCGUCCCAGCUUCUGAGGCUGGAACACGCCUUCGAGAAGAACCACUACGUGGUGGGCGCAGAGAGGAAACAGCUGGCGCACAGCCUCAGCCUCACGGAAACUCAGGUAAAAGUAUGGUUUCAGAACCGAAGGACGAAGUUCAAAAGGCAGAAGCUGGAGGAAGAAGGCUCAGAUUCGCAACAAAAGAAAAAAGGGACGCACCAUAUUAACCGGUGGAGAAUCGCCACAAAGCAGGCGAGUCCCGAGGAAAUAGAUGUGACCUCAGACGAUUAAAAACACAAACAGAACCCCUCAGAAACGGACAACACGGAGCAAAACAGAGACAGGGAGAGGAGGGGAAGAAGAAAAAACCCUACAAAACAAAAACAAACCACACACACAUUCACGGAGAAGGGGAGAGGGAGUCAGAGAGAGGGGCGGCGCGACGCAGACGCUGGGCGGCAAGAGCGCGGGGUCCUGAUCCGAGGCCGCGCCGAGAUGGCAGAGGACGGAGGCUCCUUGAUGAACACGCAACCCUUGUCUGAAGAGGCAGCUUGUGAGAGACAGACAGAGACAGACAGAGAGAGAGAGAGAGAGAUCCAAAGGUGGCAAAGCCGAAGGCGCUCUGGCAAGGGGAGCUGUCAGUCAAAGGCCAAACCAGCGAGACAAGAUGAUUGGCAGGUAUUCCGGUUAUCUCGCAGUCCGAUUUUUUUAAAAAAAUGAUGAUGAUAAUCAUAAUGAUAAAAGAAAACCCCCAACCAGGCACAGGACUUUUUAUUUUGCACUUCGAAGUGUUUUUUUCCCCAAUCUUUAAAAGUAAUCAGUGAUAAUAACCGUUGGGAUUCCACAUCCAGCCCCAUCCCACACCUGUUCAAAAACUUGAAUUGCAUGUAGCAGUUGUUGGGCGAAUGGUGUCUUAAGACAGAAAGUGAAUUGUAAUUUUCUUUUCCUUUUAAAGACAGGUUCUGCGUGCUUUUUAUUUUGAUUUUUUUGCAAGAAAUGUGCAGUCUGUAAACACUUUUUGAUACCUUCUGACGUCAAAGUGAUUGUGAAAAAGCUAAAUGAAGUAGGCUCAGCGAUAGCGAUCCUCUUUCAGAGAAAUGGGGAGCAGGAU